CGGCGCAGGCAGGUCACCUGAUCAGUCACAUGGUGUCCAAUCCCGGAAGUCGCGACUGCGGCUAUGGCUGACUCGCCGCUGUUCCAGGCGCUGCACAUGGAGAUGGCGCAUGCGCUGUGUGCGGAACAGGAGAAAGGUCUUGCUGCCCUGGAGGGAGUGGGUUUCCGAGUGGGCCAAGGACUCUCGGAGAGGUUGACAAAGGAGAUGCCGUCAUUCAAGGAUGAGCUGGAUGUCCUGAAAUUCCUCUGCAAGGAUCUGUGGUUAACCGUCUUCAAGAAGCAGGUGGAUAAUCUGCGCACCAACCAUCAGGGAACCUACAUGCUGCAAGACAAUCAAUUCCUCCUCCUCAGCCAGCUGUCCAAUGGGAAGCAGUACCUGGAGGAGGCACCCAAGUUUCUCGCCUUUACAUGUGGCCUUGUGAAAGGAGCUCUCUGCAACCUGGGCUUUGACAGCACUGUGACCGCCGAGGUGGCAGUGAUGCCGUCCAGUAAAUUUCAAGUGGUGAUUCAGAAAUCCUGACCUGGUGCUGGCAGCUGGGAACGGGUGGAAGAGAGACAGUGGAGCAAGCUGCAGCCCUGUUUCAGUGGAGCUGGUUUCUGCUUUCUGGGUACCAGGAUGUCGUAGAUUUGCAAUAAAGUGUUUUUGAUUUCCA